UGCAAUUGUUACGAAAGUGUCUCGUAUGCAUGAAUAAUUGCGGUAUACAAAACCCAGCAUGCGAUUUCAUUUAGUCCGUGUGAAGGAACAACAUUGAAAGUACAAGUUGUGGCUUGUUUUUUUUUUGAGCUGCUAAAAUAAUUGUUAUUGGACGGUUUUCAACACAGAGACACCCGAGAAAUGGCCUGACAAUCGGUAAGUGUAAUUUGAUUCUAUGCCAUACGUGAUGUGAAGCGAUAUAAACAUUUAAAACUUGUGACGGCUUCCUUGAUGUUUUAAACGCUGUACUACACUAAAUAUUUUACGAUGGAUGAAAGUUAUGACUUAGAAGAUGUUGCCAAUGCUAACGGUACGCUAUGAAGUUUAUUAGAUAGUUUAUAAACGUUUUAUUUAUCUACGGUGUUCAAAUAUACUUCGACGUGUAGAAAUGAUGGCUUAUAGUUGUAUAGUUAUUGACAUAUGUCUCUGACGUUGUACCUGUACGUAGGCUGUAAUAUACAACAUUCAAGUCUAUAGUUUCGAGUGAACUCGCUUAUCUAUAUUAAUCCAGCAGUUAAACCCGAGGAUGUAUGACCUAUAAACUAUCGUUCAUAGCCAUUUUGAAUCUUACAGAAAUGCCAACGUUGUGGUAUAUCGAUUUUAUGACAUGUUUGUUGCUAUACUGCAAUUUGUGAUUAACGAAUGCGGAAUAGAUAUGGAGUUCGACUUCAUAAGCCAUUUAAUAAUUCACGGUUGCUUUCUUAAAUACACGUUUCUUAACGCGUCAAUUAGCGACACUUAUUUGCGAUAGAAAUUCAAAAUAUAUGCUCUCUAUAAACGUAUUUUAAAACUGUGGAAAUUCCAGCAUAGGUGUAGGCUGUAGCUAUGCCUUCAAAACAACAUUCGAUCUUUGUGGGCGAUCCUUGUCAGCCUAGACAUUCAAAAUAUCUCAAACGUAUAGGAGUCCACGAAGAUUAAGGUCGCAUUCUACAAUAAGCUGCCGUGGUUUGUGUCUGAACUACCUGACUGAAUAGAUUACAAAGUUUUGAACGAGGUCAUUUUAAGGUAAGUCAGACACAAACUACCAUGGCGAUAGUUUAGACAUUGAAAAGCAGAAGCCAGCGAAUCAAAAGUAGAAACGGUUGUGUAUCAAAGUUUCUGUGAUCACAGUAGGAAUUUUGCAUGGCAUGAAUAAAUUCUAAGUCUGAAGGAUUUGUAAGAAAUGAUUGAGGGAACUUGAGUAUUUUAAAAACACUUAGUUCCUUCAAUUCCUCAGACAUUUCUUACAAAUCCUUCAAAACUUCGAAUUUACUGAUGCAAAAUUCCUAAUAUGAUCACAGAAACUUGAUAUAGUGUAAACCAGGGCAUUAGUCAGAGUAUUUCUGUAAGCUUUGAAGGUCAUUGGAUGUACCUCGUACGAACAAAGAUCAUGCACGUAUGUUGUGAGUCCUACAACAUUUUAUCUUGUGAUCGAAACAACCUAUUUCCUUGCAUGAUGUCCUGCUGCGCUGAAAGAAACGACCUGCUGUUGUAUAGUACAACCACGUUGAAGAAAAUGCCACCUUACUGCCUUGGCAUAUGUGUAUUGACCCGACAAAGCGAAUUACCUUCAGAAAAAAAUGCACUUUAAAGCCCCAUCAGGAUUUUGGGCGUCUAAAGUCGAUAUAAUUAAUUGUAGGUUUGUACAUGUACAUGAACUUACGGUUAAGGCUCGACAACUGGCCUCUGUAGCUCAGUUGGUUGGAGCCAACAAUCAUGCAUCUAAGAAUGUUUUAAUGACCAGCAUUAAUGGCCUUUGAACAGGGCGCGAUGAUUACCGAAUGAUCUACCAUUAAUCUUCACUUCCUAACUGACACGUAUUUUCUCUGCAAACUAUGCUAAAUAUCUUAGAAAAACAAUUCCGGUAGUAUAAGAUGGUUUACAAGACACGACCUUUCGUCACAUAAAUAUUGAUAUUUUCUAUAGCUCCGGGAGAUAAGUAUCUUAUUCACUAUAUAGGAAAUUAUUGCAGAACCUAUAGUCGGCCUUGACAACUCCCAGAGAAUUUCUGCGUUUCGAGCGAAAGGCCAUUGGCAUUGCGGCCAUUGUCCAUUGGCAUUGUCAGUAGAGUUUAAAGCUUUGAUGACGUGCAGCUGUAUAAGAGUAUACCGUUGCAUACACUUGACGCUUUCUUUCAUUGUUGAAAGUCUGCCUUUUAAACGAGGUCAAGGAUGCUUCAUACUUGUCAUUCAAGGAAUCGUUCGGGUUGCUCUAGCGAGUAAAUGAACCUGACUAUCACAUGAAAGAUUUGUCAAACUAUAGGCUGGUUUAUUCCAUCAAAGUUUCUGUGAUCUAAGUACGAAUUUAGCGUAGGGAAAUUCUAUGCUUUGAAGGAUGAUGGAACUAACUGUUAACUAAAAUCAGUCUGUUCCCUCAAAGAGUUCUUACAAAUCCUUCAAAACUUACCUAUGCAAAAUUCCUAAUAUGAUCACAGAAAUUUUUAAACCAUUAUCGCGGGCAUAAAUCUGAAUACAUUGUAGUGAAGGACAUAAGGUAACGCUAUUUUCUUGUUGCCCCGGAUGUGUUUCCAAGGAAGAUGGUUGUUAGGGAGUUGCAGUAUAACAUCCUGCACGGGUCCUGUGCCACUUUGCUCGUCACUAUAACUUUCCGACGAUGGGCCUUCGCUCGAAACGAACAAGUUCUCCUUGUAUGUCGUAUUGCAAUCUGAAGCUUUUAAUAUAACAUCCUGUCUAAUAAAAGUACAUUGCAUCAUUAACUUCCACACCGCAUCAAAAAAGUCGUGUACUUUUCGGCAUCUGGUUCUCCCAGAACCAAAGAAUAAACUAACUUUAUUUAUACUGGAUAGCUCUAUCAAUUCAAAACUGUUCUCCAUAGAAUGCCAGUAAAGAUCAUUUCCUAUUGAUCCAAUGUUACUACAUGAGGAAAUUUAAACUAUAAACUAGCUCUAUUUAUACUGGAUAGCUUUAUCAGUUCUAAACUGUUCUUUCUAGAGGUCCAGUAAGGAUCAUCUCCUAUUGAUCCAGUGUUACUACAGGAGGAAACCUAAACUAGACUAACUUUAUUUAUACUGGAUAGCUCUAUCAGUUCUAGACUGUUCUUCCUAGAGGUCCAGUAAGAAUCAUCUCUAAUUGAUCCAGUGUUACUACAGGAGGAAACCUAAACUAAACUAACUUUAUUUAUACUGGAUUGCUCUAUCACUUCAAAACUGUUCUCCAUAGAAGGCCAGUAUAAAGAUCAUCUCUUAUUGAUCCAAUGUUGCUACAUGAGGAAACCUAAACUGAACUAACUUUAUUUAUACUGGAAAGAUGUAUCACUUCAAAAGUAUUCUAUAGAGGCUCAAGUAAUAUAUGAUCAUAAAGGGUCAUCCAUAGUUCUUGGAGUGGGUUAGUUUUUGGACGGGGUAGAAGUAAGAUUAUACUCUCUGUAUACGCUUGUGAACAUGUUGAUAAAUAUGGACGACCUUUAUUGCGCAUGGUUUUAGUCUACAGAGAUACCCAGGAUCAUACUAAAUACCAAUAGAUAGCUACAUGCAUCAUUUUUCAAAGUGUAAAUUUAGGAUAUGAUGGUUAAGCCUGGUAUCAAAGUUUCUGUGAUCACAGUAGGAAUUUUGCAAAGGUAAAUUCUAAGUUUUGAAGGAUUUGUAAGAAACGUUUAAGGGAACUGAUUUAGUGUUUAACACUGAACCAGGCCUUAAAAUAUUUUUUACAAAUCCUUCAAAACUUAGAAUUUACCAACACAAAAUUCCUACAUUGUCACAGAAACUUUGAUAGUCUAAACCAGGGUUUAACUGCAGGCAUAGCUACAGGCUAUAUAGCUCUUAUCGCGGUGAGCUUUGUAAGAUUUCCACGCUCUCAUAACUUCGGUUGCUAAGUGCACAGUGGCACAGACGAUUGUCUGAAGUGUAGACAAAUAUUUAAACAGUCUGUGUAAACUGUGUGGAGUUCCUCAUCCAUGUUGAUUUGACUUGUUCAAAUAAUUAGAAACUCUCUUAGAGACCCCUGAAUGGAUAAGACGUCACCAGCACAACAUUUUGCCGAAAGACACUUUGGCGAACGGACAUUUUGCCGACGGGCGACGGACAUUUUGACGAACGGACAUUUUGACGAACGGACUUUUCGCCGAAAAGACAUUCUGUCGAACGGACAAUUUGCCGAAAAUAGAGAUAUUUUCUGAACUUUAACGGCUCACUUAUACUAUCAAUGUUUCUGCGAUUAAAGUCUUUGAUAAAAGUCAUUGUUACAAUUGCUCCCAAUCUGAAACAAACGUUUAUUUCGAGAAGUGAUAUGCAAACAGCAUAUACUCUGAGAAAUAAUAUUAUAAAUCUUGUCACUUCCAAUGCCUAAAAGAGAAUUUCUCAAAAAAAAGUUCAAAUACAGCGCAGAUGGAAUGUACGUACUUCGGGCCGAUGUUAGGACAGGCUCCAUGGAUUUAUGCUUUUAUAAAUGGUCUAAAAUUAUUCAUUUGUUGUUGUUGUGGUUAUAUGUUUGUAUAAUUGUCAAUGAUUGUUUUUCACAUAUGUAUGGCCCGGACUCCCCCCCCCCCCCCCCCCAUGGAAACCAGCUUUUGCUGAUGGGGAUAGCGUCGUUAAAUAAAGUUUUAACUAAAAAAAUAGAAAGUUUAGUUUAAGUAUAAGGUUAUUAGUUAACUCACACGUAUUUUUCCCAUUUAGAGAUGGCAGUGCGAAGAUCAGGCAUUCCUAUCAGUGUCGAACUUACCGAGACGGCAGUCCACCUCUGGGAGUUCCUCAAACUGAUCGACAACUACCCAUGGCUUUACGAAGGCUUGCACGUCCACAACGCCGUCCGCCGCUACGAGGUAUAUUGGCUACCUCUUGUAGCAAAAAUUGACCCACGCUACCCCCUAGCCGCACCCCUGGACAUUGAAUGGGUGUGGUAUGUCCAUAUGCUAUCACCGUACGCGUACAACCGGGAUUGCCUUCAUCGCUUCGGGCAAGUGUUGGACCACCGGAUCACCUCGGCCAAGGAUCGGAACAUCGGUCUCAACAACGCACGGGGUAUAUGGGAGAAAGCGUACCCGAAAGAGGAAUUCAGUCUCGAUCUUACAGCCCCUCCUGAAAUCACGGAUACUUUCACCUCGAAAUUCUCAUACGAUCUAUUCGCGGCCAUAUUCAGGCAAAGAUUUUUCAACUACCAAGUUGCGUUAAACCACUACCGGGAUUUGAAAUUCCUGGAGAAAGGGACGAAACGCUACAAGGAUUUCCUCCGCGCGAAACUCCAGGACCCGAAUUUGAUUCUGAACGGAUGCUUCGACGUUCAACUAAUCUGGCAUGCGCAUCUCGUGCACCCGACCUUGUACCGAGAUGAUACUCGGCAAGUCUUCGGGGAGAUGUUGGGCCACUACGACACCGAGGUCGGGGCGGGUAUUGUACCCUGGAAUGGUUCGCCGGUACGGGAAAAGAACACCCAUGCUCCGAAGUCUAUACCCGGGGCUAUGUACCGUGGGGAGAAUAUCAUUUGCACUCGAGAACAGAUAUUGCUAACUCAAAACCUAGAGCAACUCACUUUGCGUGUUAAGUUGCUCAAAGAGGAAUUUCUGAGCACGGUGUUAAUUGCAACAUCUUUAAUGUCACGUGACCUUGCGCUGUCGCCGUGUUGGUUGAAUCUUACUUCGCUCUCGUUGGCCUGUUCGAGUCUCGUGAUGAAUAUUUCCCAAGGCAAGAAUAUGAAAAAGUAUGACGUCAAGGUUGUUCAUUCCCUUGCCCCAAUCCUCUCGGCGAUCGAAAUCGUACACCCGAAAGGCUACCUGGUCGCGACCGCCCAUACAAUAGCGGGCAAGCAGAUUCCAACGAAGAGCCAACUGGGCGAUCUCAGGGGUAGCACGUGCGCUUACACGCCUGAGGCACGUGAACGAGCCAUGCUCAUCCGCAGUCAGAAAGAUUGGGGCGUUGUUGUCGGUCGUUGGGUUGGAAACAGCGAAUCUGGUGAAUUGGUGAUUAAUUUUUAUAACUUGCAGACCAACAAGUGGCAGACUGUGAACCGAUCAAAUACCGCCCAAGCAGAAUUCGGCGUCUUUGAAAUUAACAUCUUUGACGAUGCGCGGUCAGUGUUUGUCAACCUUGGUACCGGGGAAGUGACCGUACCUUAUACGGAUAUCGCCACCUUCCUACCGGAGAUCAUAGCCCUAGCCUAUGCCAUUGGCGUCCUUUAUGCCUUAUGCCGCGAGCGAACACGCGAGUUUUACCCGGUCGAUCCGUUUCGUUCUGCUGACAUGAAGUCUAUUCAACCAUGUCCGCUGAGCAAGGAAAUCAGAGCAUCGCGGGCGACGAAACGGGACGGGAUAUUCUCCACCAGUUCCAGUGGCAAGAAAUCGAUGUGGCUCAACCGAGAUCCGUUUGUGUCGAGUAUUUUAUUGGCUACCGGACGCAACUGUUCGUGGGCGCCUUCCAACAGCUUUCUGAAAUUUUUCCAAGACAACGUUCGAGAUGUUUUCGAGAAUUGUAUUUCAAGCUCACAAGAUGACCGGUCUUUCUUGGACGCGAAGCUUGAGAUCGAGUACCUUCUGGAGUACCUAGGGGUAACGGGGGGUAGAAAGAGUAGUCAGGGACACAGGAGAUCACAGAAGGAUAAAGAGGAGCAUAAAGAGGCGGAUAAGAAGGGACACAAGGAGGGGGGUAAGGAGGGACACAAGAAGGGACAUAAAAAGAGACACCAUAAAGAUGGUGUUGCAAAUGGCGGAAGUGGACUUAUGGCGGCUCGUGACCGUUUUUCCAACAUUCAAAUCAAUGAUGUCGAAGAUGGACGCAGUGAUAGGCAAGAAGGUAGCGAUAGGGAAGAACAUAUUAAUGAUAACGAAAGUGUUUUUGUAUGACAGACAAUUUCUGUGAGAAAUAAAUAGAAUAAUGCUUAUUUUUCUGCAGUCUUGGCAGAGGUGGAAAAAGUAUCGGAACUUUCUAAAAAAAAAUUUGUAGGAUGAACAUUUUUGCAGAAAUUUUCAGACUUUUUAAGUUCAAUAACUAAUUCUGAAAAUUAACUGAUUGAAUAUCUAAAAUACUAAAUACCUGAUUAUUGAAAUGAUUGAAUAUCAAAUUAAUCUACUGACUCGAUACCUAAACUACAGUGGAACAGCAGUUUCAUCAAAACUAUUCAUAUAUAGCCUGCGGUAGGAAAUUUGUUUUUAAUCAUGUAAGACUGUCAUUACUAUGAUUACUUCAGGAUUUAUCUUGCAUGCCUUAUCAGGCUUAAACACACAUUGAUUCACACGACAACACCGCAAGACAAUCACAAACGACAAUUUUGUUAUUUUCCCCUAUUUAUUGCAAUCUCUUGUGGAAAAUUUUGAGCUCAGUUUAAACCCAGGUUCCCAGGGUUUUUCCACCUCUAGCUUGGACGGCACUGGUUGAGACCAGCUUUCUCUACUGGUGGAUUUCACCGACCACUAUCGUACACCGACGAAUGAAAUUCGCGGCUUUGACAGUCUUAACGUUACAAUUUGUUACAGUAUUCCACUUUGCGUGACAUGGUAAUUUGCCAAAAGUCGUUUAGAGAUUGUGCGCAAACCUUCGCAGUAUUUCACGUCUCAACAGUUUUGUUCAAUAUUGUAGAUAUAGGUUUGCAUGGCGAUAGAACAUAUAAUACUUUUUGUUUGUGGAAACACCACGUAAAUGUAUUAUUACUGCAAAGCUUUCGAUCGGUAAGCCCGGAUCUUCAUCAGUGCUAAAAAAGUGCUAAUACAAUACGAUCGGUUGUCGAAAGCUUUGCAGUAAUAAAUUUACGUGGUGUUUCCAUAAACAAAAAGUAUUAUAUUGUAGAUAUAAUUGGAAGUGCAUAGAAACGUAGAAUUAAAAGAUAGUUUUGGCCUUUCAAGCUUCCGUUAUUGUCUUUGUUGGUCAAAUACGAAAUCAUGGCGCGCACACGUAAGUCACCCGGCCUCUGAGCGACGUUGUUUAAUGCAAGGCUAAUAUCGACACAACAUUGGGAAGCGAUCAUUGUUUAUGGCGGGGAGCACCGAAGACCGAAGAGAAAUGCUUUUCUUGGUAAAAAAAUUGCUGAUGCAACCAUUAAAAAGUCAAAAUUUUACCCAACCUCAAAUAUCAAUUAAAAAAUACCCACCCCUGGCCAAAAACUUUACAAAAGGAUACCAUUCAGUUGUACUUUACCACUUCUGUGACACGAGUUUAACAACUGCUUGUGCAAUUUUCUGCGGUCUAAAGUUUCAUGUUGUCUGCACAAGUACUUUCUUUGGAGACACCAUUUGCCUCCUGACAAAUCGAAAAUGAUCAAGAUAGUGACUCUGAU